AGACGCUCGUCCCCCUGAGUACCAUUUAUUGAUCAAGUUAUUUUGAUCAGUGGCUGGAGGUUUUUAAAAGUUUAUUCGAUAUCAUAAGCCAUACAGCAUCACAUUUCCAAUACAAUAUAGGAACUAUUACGGUUAGAAGAAGUAUAUCCAUCUUGGAAAGAUGAGAUGAAACUUCAAUGUCUUACAUUGUUUAGUUGGGCAAUGCGUGCGACAUGUUUGCAAGUUUUUAAAUUGUCUGUUCAUUGCCACUGUAAAAAUGCCAUAGUUGACCUUUUGAAGGAUUUAAUUGACAACUUUGCUGAGCAAACACUUACCGCAAACCGCUUUUUUUAUUUCUUUUUGUUGACGAAUUCCUGUGAGUCUAUUUCGCAGAUCCGGUCAAAGCAGCUCCGCGGCAAACAAGUUGAGCGAGGGCCAAUCAGGAAAAGGAGGGAUUUUCCGCAGGAGCAGGAUAGAAACCACAACUCUGUGGUCGCCAUUGAUAAACGAAGUCAGCGUUUGAGCAAAGUUGAGACGAAUCUUCGCUUCAAACCGACGCUCGGAUGACAUAAUAACAUAAAAACAUGCAUAUGUUUAGCGCUCUGAUGAGUCGCCAUGGACCCAUUCCCAAAGACCUCGCAUCCUCAAGAUUAAGUUUGCGGUUGAUCGCUCGAAAUGGUCCUGCCGGCUGUCUGAUCAAAAUGCAAAGUAGAUGAAGACUCCCCCAAAAAAAAGGUGGCGACAAACACGAGACCGUUGUAGAAGGUCUGCAGAAUGCACAAGCG